AAAAUUAAAGCGAUUAUUAAUAUUUUCUAUUAGGAAGGGGUAUAAAUGUAUGCGAUAUUAUUGUUGUUAUCUAUAUGAUAUUAUGAUCUAUGAGAUCUUCGAAAAUAACUGGAAAAUCUCCUUCAUUAAGUGUUGAUCACUAUAAUCAGUAAUAGUUUAUUGUGACCGAGAGAUAGGUAUUCGUAGUUCGUAAAUGAACAGAAUUUUUAAAGUAUAUUAAUUCUUGAUAAAUUUAUUGUUUUGAAAUUGUCUUAAUAAUAGAACAAUUUAAAAUUAGUAUAGGUUUGUCCGCGAUAAUUUAUUAUUAAAAUAUGAAUAUAUCGUUUUCUGGAUGUGGAUUUUUAGGCAUAUAUCAUAUAGGGGUGGCAUCGUGUUUAAAAACUUAUGCACCAUACCUUUUGGAAAACAAAAUUUGUGGCUCGUCAGCAGGAGCCAUUUCUGCAUGCUGUCUACUUUGUGACAUACCUCUAGAAUUGAUGACAAGUCAAAUGUUAGAUAUCGUAAGAGAAUCGAGAUCAAAAGCAUUAGGUCCAUUUAGUCCAUCUAUGAAUAUCACAGAACAUUUAUACAAUCGUCUUAAUAAGGACUUACCUGAUGAUGCGCACAAGCGAGUAAGUGGUAAAUUAUUUGUGUCACUAACAAGAGUUCCAGAUGGUAAAAAUGUCAUCAUGUCUCAAUUUUCUAGCAAGGAAGAAGUGAUACAGGUAUUAUUAGCUAGUGCUUUUAUUCCAGUAUUUUCUGGAUUUGUGCCACCUUUGAUUGGUAAAUAUAGGUAUAUUGAUGGUGGAUUUACUGACAAUUUACCAAUAGUUGAUAAGAAUACUAUAACUAUUUCACCAUUUAGUGGUCUUACUGAUAUUUGUCCCCGUGACAACCCUAUUAAGAAGUAUUUAUUAAAGAUAUCAAAUAAUAGUUUUGAAAUGACUAAAACAAAUUGUUUCCGAGUAGCUAGAAUAAUGUUUCCACCAGAACCAGAGAUGCUUGCUAAAUUGUGUUAUCAAGGUUUUGAUGAUGCUCUAAUGUUUUUACAAAAAAAUAAUCUAAUUAACUGUAAAAUGUGUUUAAUUCAACGAUAUGGUUUUAUAUUAUCCAAGAAUAAUAUUUGUGACAUGGCUGGCUACAACCCCUCAUGUAUUGAUUGCAAAUGGAAUAAUGCUUUUGCCAAAGUACAAGGAAUGCCAUAUUUCAUCACAUAUACUUUGGACAGAUACAUUGACUCACAUAAUAGCAUUUUCAACGGACUCUUAAAAUCUAAAGGAAUGCUAUUAGUAAAAUUAUUCACCCAACCUUACAUAGCUAUGGGAGAUUUAGCUUGUGAAUUUGUACUCAAGGUUAUUCGUUCUUCUAGACAUUUUCAAAAACCUAUGUGGACAUUAUCUAAGUAUGCUAUAAAUAGUUUAUUGCAUUUUAUUGAUAUUUUCAGCGAAAAAGGUUUAGAAUUUAUUGACAAAAUAUUAUCCUACAGUUGUAUGCCAAUCGAAACCCACGGAAAAGAUUCACCUUAUUAUUAUUAUUACAACAAAAGGCAUGAAUAUAAAAAGUGUAUAAAAUGUUCUCAAAAUUGCAUAGAAUAUUUUAUUAAUUAUAGUCUAACAGCUUCAUCUGUAACUAUAGAUUCUAAUGGUUAUACAUCAUCUCAAUUGUCGCAACUUAACUUGCAUGGUCAUCAAAUUAAAUCUACGAAGACUGAAAAACAUUGUAAUACAGAAUGGAAACUUUCUUUAAUCUCAGAAACAUCAACUGAAAUCGCUGCUGAUGAAACUUUAAAUAGCAUGAUUAACUUGUCAUACAAUUAUAUUGACAUAUAAACAGAUAGUUUGGAUACCUAAUACCUACCUAUUGCAACUAUAACUUAUAUAUAGAUAGAAUUUAUAAACACUUGUGAAUUUUGAAUACCAAACCUUAACUACAUGUACCUAUUGGAUA